AUGGCUAACAACAACGCAAACGGCAUUCCGCACAUCUUCAGAAUACCAGCAGAGCUUCGAAAUCAGAUCUGGGAGCUGGCGCUCGUAAAACCGAACGGUGUUGAUUUCAGUUGCGAUGGACACCAAGCAAAAUUGACCUCAAGCCAACAUGACCAUCCGAUGGCUAUCGUGCAGACCUGUCGUCAAGCUCGCAACGAAGGCAUGGGACUAUUCUACUCCAGGAACACUUUCACCAUCAAGACUAGUGCCUUCGUAACGGAAGGUCCUGAACGUAAGUUCUACGGAGCCGAGCGCUGGGCAGAGCAUCUCUGGCAAUGGGUUCGUACUGUAAGCCGACUGAACAUCAAACACCUGAAGCACAUCAUCAUCCACUGUGGCGAAUGGAAAGCCCAGCCUGGUCCGAUAGACAAACCAAGGUCAGAUCUCGCGCACAACCCAGAGAUACACAACCUGUUGGCAGACUUCAGCCACUUCUUCCAGUCAGUCCAUCCAGAAUGCACCAUCGACUUCGUUACAGACGUGACAUAA